AUGGAAAAUCCCCAAGAAGAACACUGGGUUGCAGUUAAGCGUAUCUUUCGCUACCUACAAGGCACCAAGACGCAUGGAAUUUGCUACAAGCCAAGUGCAAGGAUCGACUUCCGUGGAUAUUCGGAUGCGGAUUGGGCUGGUGAUCUUACCGACCGCAAGUCAACAUCGGGGUACACGUUCAUGCUACUCGGUGCGCCAGUGAGUUGGGGCAGCAAGAAGCAGCCAAGUGUUUCGUUGUCCACGACUGAAGCUGAAUACAUCGCACUCAGCUUGGCGAUUCAAGAGGGCAAGUGGAUUCAUCGUCUGCUUUGUGAGAUCGUGAUGGCUGCCAAUGAAGAAGGACCGGAACUCAUGAUUCAUGAAGACAAUCAGUCAUGUAUCAAGAUGACGAAGAACCCAGUCAACCACGGCCGUGCCAAGCACAUUGAUAUCAAGUACCAUCACAUCCGUGAUGAGGUCAAGCGCGGUGAAGUGAAGCUCAAGUACUGUGAAACUGCGGUGAUGUUAGCGGACAUCAUGACGAAGGGACUUCAUGGACCACGCCACAAGGAGAUGACGACGGCUCUCGGGAUUCGUGAGCAUUCGGAUUGA